UACGCGGGCAACGAACAAAAAACAAAAUAAUAUCAGAUAAUUCAGUUUGCCUCUCUCUUUAGCUAUAGCUCUCACAGUCUCACCGGAUAAGCCUUUGGCUCUGAAUUCUUCAAUUUUAUUAAACCCUAAUAAUUCAAAUCUCUCUUUCUUUUCUAUGGCGCUAGGGUUUCAAUUGGAUUGAAAAGCCCUCUCUACGUUACGCUCCAAGAGAAAAAUAAAAAAAAUGAAUUUUCCGGCAACUUUUCGCGGGAAUUUCGUCCCCAUAUCGCAGUGCAGCUCUUGUUGUGAUUUUCGUUUUCGGCCCUAUUUUGCUUGCUCAACUGGUUCUCGGCGAAAACGGUGUCGUUUCAGUACCUUGAAGUCGUACCAGGUUUCGAGAUUAAGACUUUGUGGGAAGCGAGAGAUUGCGUGUAGAGUGACUGAUUCUGAGACACAGACUGACCCAGAUAGCAAUGACGAUAAGGAAAAAGAAUUACAUAAAGAUGGAGAAAAGUCACCUUCCACUUCUUCCUUUGUGCAAAAUGACCCCCAGCUUGAUUCUCAGCCUAUUAAUGGGGAAAAAAUAAACAAUAGUGAUGAGGAAAAUCAAGCUCAAGGUGGUGUACAGGAUGUUGAUAGUGUAGAAAUUGCUAGUGGAUCUCCUCUGCCAGGUGUGAAGCCACAGCAACUGGAUGAAUCAAUCAGGAUUUCAAAGGAAACAAUUGAAAUUCUUAAGAAUCAAGUAUUUGGCUUUGAUACUUUCUUCAUCACAAGCCAGGAUCCAUAUGAGGGUGGAGUCUUGUUUAAAGGAAACCUGCGAGGACAGGCUGCAAAAAGUUAUGAAAAGAUAAGACAGAGAAUGCAGGAUAAAUUUGGGGAUCUAUAUAAGCUUUUUUUUCUCAUCAAUCCUGAGGAUGAUAAACCAGUUGCAGUUGUUGUUCCACGAAUGACCUUGCAACCAGAGACAACUGCUGUCCCAGAAUGGUUUGCUGCUGGGGCCUUUGGAUUGGUCACAGUGUUUACCUUACUGCUUCGAAAUGUGCCUGCAUUGCAGUCCAACUUACUAUCAACUUUUGACAAUCUCGACUUGUUAAAGGAUGGGCUACCUGGUGCCUUAGUAACUGCACUUGUCCUGGGGGUACAUGAAGUCAGCCACAUUUUAGUUGCAAAUAGUACUGGAAUUAAGCUUGGGGUGCCCUACUUUGUUCCUAGUUGGCAGAUAGGCUCAUUUGGUGCUAUUACAAGGAUUGUAAAUAUUGUAUCUAAGCGUGAAGAUCUUCUAAAGGUUGCAAUAGCAGGACCUUUAGCUGGGUUUUCGUUAGGUCUUGUUCUUUUGCUUUUAGGGUUCAUCUUACCACCAACAGAUGGUCUUGGUGUUGUUGUUGAUGCUUCUGUAUUUCAUGAAUCGCUUCUUGCCGGCGGCAUUGCAAAGCUGCUUCUUGGCAACGUGCUCAAGGAAGGCACUCCCAUAUCUGUUAAUCCUCUCGUGAUAUGGGCAUGGGCUGGACUCCUUAUUAAUGCCAUCAACAGCAUCCCUGCAGGAGAGCUUGAUGGGGGGAGAAUCUCUUUUGCCAUAUGGGGAAGAAAGGCUUCAUCUCGCAUCACAGCUGCCUCAAUUGUGCUGCUUGGAUUAUCGUCACUCUUUAAUGAUGUGGCAUUUUAUUGGGUUGUUCUGAUAUUCUUCUUACAGAGGGGGCCAAUUGCUCCACUUUCUGAGGAAGUAACUGAUCCUGAUGGAAAGUAUGUUGCCCUUGGAGUACUAGUUUUGUUUUUAGGUUUGUUGGUAUGCUUACCAUACCCAUUUCCCUUUACAGAUGAAGUAAUUACAAGUUUCUAGUAACACUUCCUUAUAUAAUUUAAAAGAUCUUAUAGAAUUAAAGAAUCCAUUUUUGUAGGAUUUGUCUUAGAAAAUUACUCAAAUGUAUUGGUUUGACAGAAAUAAUAUUUCAUAAAGAUGUCUCCAUGCUUUCUUAA